AUGGCCUCGGCCCUGGAAGGGUUAAGAGCGUCCGGUACCGGCGGCGAGGCGCGGAGGGUCGGUCGGUUUCGGUUUGCCAAGUCGAGCGGCCACAGGCUUGCACUGACUGGCACUGCGCGAAGACGACCAGCUCCGAUUGAUCUCAAUUACUCAUUACAGCCGCGAGGUUCGUUCACGAGUGAUUGUAGCGGCCACAGGCGUCGAGCCAAGGCCACCCAACGGUGGUGGUGGCAGUCUCUAUUCCUCUCUUUUUCUCUUUCUCUCUCACACACACUCUCACUCUCCCUCUCUUUCCAAUUCGCACUCACCUGGUCGCCCAAUCAGCGCCCAUCUACUCAUCAGUUCACCCUUUCACAAUUCGAGGACAUCACAUCGGUCAGAUCGUCUCUCCUCAUUUCCUCCUCCGCCUACAUCCGCACCGGGCUUUCUUGUAACACAGGCCUAUCUGGUCGGUAUCUUGUGUGUGUGCAUUGGUAUGUGUGUGCGCUCGAAUGUUGUGCUCCAGUUAGCGCCACAAGAAGCAUUUCAGUCGUCCAGUCAUCGGGCGCCGCGAGCAUGUACAAAUGUUGUCGUGUUGCCUUGUCAGUGGACUCAGGUGGCCUGUCAGGCCUGCGAUUGGCUCGUUUUGACAUCGCUAUGCCAGUGUGCAUGUGUGUGUGUGUACGUGAAGACUGUGAACACACUCGCAGACACUGUUGUGGAUGGUCGGGGACACCGAGACGAAGCCGACUUGCGAAAAAACAGACAUACGAUUUUUACUGGCGUACCUUGCAUUUCGUUUGA